UCUAGCAGGUAAUCCAUAUUCAUCCGCUUUAGAUGCCUCACCAACCUCAGUCAAUCAGCAACGGAGUACCCGGAUGGAACUGUCAUGGCCGCCAUCGCUGAACUGCAAGGCUAAAGAGAAAAGGAAGGAGCCUCUAUAUUGAAGCAUGGAAGAGGACCUGAAAACACUGGAUGAUCCUGCUGAAAGCCAUGACGACAUGGAGGCUGAGGAAGAAAAGGAAUUGGCAAAGGACCACACCGGCCAGAAGUUUGAUCAAUUUCCUGGGUUGCCAUAUAGUGACCAAUGUGACCCUGAUGAAACAUCUGUUGAAGAGUCAGGUAGUCGCAAGACAGCCAGAAAAGCAUCUAAGUCACCAUGUAAAAUACAGCAAGGUGCAGUCUUCUCUGGGAAAAUACUUAGCUUUGGGUGUUCAGAGUGUAAGGGUGAUGCUACCUACAGCCCCAAUGAUCUCCUUAAACAUUUUCAGGGAGCCCACAAGGGGACCCUGCCGACGUAUCCGUGUGACUUGUGUGGCUUUGUUACAAAUGAGUUCCCUGCACUUCAGCGCCAUCGGAUCGGGCACAGGAACACUUUAGUCACAUGCGAAAUCUGUAAUGAUGAUGUACAGUACUCUCUCCUCCUGCUCACUAGACACUAUAUCAUGUCUCACAGCCAAAAUGGACACUUUCACUGCGAAAAAUGUGAGUUUUCAACAGUUGACGCAGGGACAUUUGUUCAGCACAUCCAUCAUCACAAUGAGAGCCGGCUCAAAUGUGUGAAAUGUCAACAUGUGAGCUCUAGCCAAGGUGAGCACCAGAGGCACCUAAAACUCCACUCGGGUACCUUCCCCUUCACGUGUCAGGUCUGUGGAUAUGGGGCAGCACGGAGAGAAUACCUCACAAAGCACAUGGUAACUGUCCAUGGUGAGGAAGCAGGCAAGAAAAAUAAAUGGAGAGCAAUGGAGGACCGCAACAAUACCCUGGCAAACUCCUCUUCAGGAUUAAAACUCCUGCUGAAGAAAAGCCCAGCUGCAGGUGGUCAAUCUAAGGAAUCCCAGUGGAUGUCCAAACUGAAUUCUCUUCCUGGAGUAGGUUUACUUGACCAAAAUGGAAGGUUGUUGAACCCAGAGAAAACAUUGGAGGAAACCCAACAGUUCCUUGAAAGGGCUGUGGGUGUGAAACAGGACUGUAAGAAGCGGGUCAAAGGGACUCUUAAAAAUGAGCAACAAUUUGACUCCCAGGCUGUAUCAUCGAUACCACCACCUAAGUCCCCGGAAAGUGAUGACAGUUAUGGGGCUGACACCCUAAACCCGAACUCCAAUGGACUAACUGUUCUCAUGGUCAAAAAUAAAAUCUCUAUUCCACCUAACUGUACUACAAAAGUAAUGGGGUUCAAAAUGGUUGACGGCAAAAAGCAUUUAGUUCUCAAAGUUAUACCAACAGCAAAGCCUGAGUCCUCUGCAGAAAAUAGAAUGUUAUGUAGAGCGCAAGAGAGAGGCUGCCCAAUUAUAGACGCUACCUCCGAUGGAAAUCAAUGCUCAGAUUCGGCUGAAAAUUGGGAAAAUUCAAGUACUAGCUUCCCUUACCUGACAGUUCUAAGCCCCUCAGGGACUGAUCGAGAUGCUGCAAUUUCAGUUCAAGUGAAACCAGAGGAAGAGGACAUUAGCAUUGAGGAGAUGUUGCCCAUACUGGAGAAACUACCACAGAAAAUAGCACAGAAAGCAAAACACACAGAGCAGCAGAGGAAUGGUGAACAACAUAAGUUUAAGGAUGAACAGAUUCCUUCCUUGGCAGUUUCUCCAAUGACCAAAGAGUCAGAUCACUCCACGAUUCAGAACGGUAAACUGAAUAACAAUACAUCAUCAAUUGCUAAUCAGUCGAAUGAUUCUGAGUUGGGAGACAAAAUGCCUGCUUAUUCAAGCCCUAAUGUGACUGCUGUGGAGGUCGUUCCAGCCAAAAUGCUCACAGAUAAGACCAUGCCCUCUGAAUCAGCUUAUGAGACCAUGCUUCCCGAACCAGUCUCUGAAGAAACUAUCAGCAUGCUUAGAGUUGGUGACCUGAAUACAGCUACAGCUGAUAAGAUCAGUGACCCCAUCACUGAAAAUUCCCCUAUGCCCAAUGGAGAGACGUUAGCCUCCAAUGACAAACCUAAGAAGACUGCCCCAGGACCCAUGACUGGUGACAUCCUACCUUCUGAUGAUACUGUUGAAAAUAAUCAUUCGAUUAUCAAGGAGAUGGUUCCUUCUGAUUUUACUGCCAAUAAGAUUAAUUCCUGUGUAGCGACUAAGACUAAAACUGAAACUUUAUCUCCAGAUCUGAUGCCCCAACUGGAGUCACACCCAGCUGAAUCAGACAACUCCAAAGAGACUGAUGCUAAUGCUGAAUAUCUUAAUUCUCCCAACCAAGAGGUGUUCAGUUUUCAUAAUUACUCAAAGGAAACAUCAAGCAUGUCCUCCAACUCAACACAACCUUGUGAACAUCCAUCAGAGCUUUCGACAGAGGUUGAAAGUGUUUGGAUGAAAGAGUCACCUGAAUGGAGCUUGACAUUGGCUGCAUCUCCACAACCUCCAGAUGAGGGGAAUGGGGAAGUGGAGUCUGCAGAAGAGACUGAGACUGCAAUGGAAAGAGUGUCAGAUGGUGACAUUGAGGUUGAUGAGUGCAUAGCUACUGUAGAUCUGGCCACCCCAGUGGCAGCUGAGAUAGAUAAUCAUGGACACUCUGGGUCUAAACACCAAGUCCAAACUACAGUAAAAAUGGAAGAGGAGAGUGUUCCUGUGUCAGAAAGGGCAACAGCGAGCAUAAAUAGUUUGGCCGUCUUGGGUCGCAUACUGGAGGAGCAUUCAGAUGCUAUCAUUAACCACCAGCUUGAGAAAGAUAGAAUAGGCUGCUCAGCUGCUAGCCAUGAUUCUGUUAAGCCACCUAAGACUAUGCUAAGGAUCCUUAAAACUGCAGAGGGAAAGCAACAGAUGUUCUUACAGACUGCAGAGAACCAGUUUGCUGUACCUGUGCAGCUCCAAGGCAACACAGGGUUCAAGCUGAUAACCAAAUGCUCUGCUCCUCAGAUCAAUGUGUCCUAUGUUAAGCCAGGAAUUGAAAUACAGAAUCACACCACAGGGUUGGCACUCACCCUCAAUGGUGGAAGGUUCAGCAUUCUAGGACAUACUUUAGGUGCUAGUGAAAAAGGUGCAAUGCCGUUAUCUGCUAUUCAGCCUGGAGCCAGUACUAGUGCAAGCCACUACCUAGUCAACAGCGCAGAUUUUAAGGGAAAUAUGCUGUUGUCAGACACAGCACAUAGUUCUCCUGGAGAAAAUACCAUAAAGUCACUGCAGACUUGUUACUUAGUACAGAGACCAGUCCCUGUAACCCAGCCCCCCCACAAUGCAGGUAGCAAAUUAGCAAGCUCAAUGUCUCAAUCUCCACUCUUGUCCCGUCCAGUUUUGGCAAUGUCUGCGAACUCGGUGAACAAAUUAACUGCAUUGCACACUGGGCGACAAGCCUUCUUGGUUAGAUAUAUCUCUCCAGCUAAGUCAGGGAUGCUUCUGAAUAGUCUUGAUGGGAAGUCUGUGAACCAGAAAGGUCAACCUAAUGAAAACCGAGGAAAUAAAGUUGUUUAUAAGAUAGUCAGAACUGCCAAUGGUAGCACAUUUCUUGCUGGUGCUGCACACUCUGCCAACAAGCCCAUUUAUCUGGCCACAAAUUCCACACAGAUGCCCUGUUUUCUGAUGUCAUCAAAUAAUGUCUCUACUGGAGGGCAAAAACUGGUACCCAUACAAAAUACCUCCCACAAACCUGUCACAGCCUCCAAGCUCUCAAAUCUUCUGUCCCCCCAAUCCAACAUGCAAGGUAGGGUCAGGCAGCAAGUGGGCAUAGAUAGUCUGAAUAAAUCGCCCCUUACCCCAAGGCCAAGUCGCCAGCUAAGUCAAAGGAAGAGACACAGGAAAGCGUUGUUUGAUGAACUCCCAGAGCACUUGCCUAAAGUGAAGAGGCUCUCGAGCAAGGCAGUAACUGAGAAAGGGGCUCCCUCGCUCUGGGUGCCUGUACCCAAAGAUGCAGAGAGGACUCUGAGACUGUACCCAUUCAGUUCACUACAGGAGAUAAAAUGCCCCCGACGAAAUCAGCCGGUAGUGGUUCUCAACCAUCCCGAUGCCGACAUUCCUGAAGUGGCCAGUAUCAUGAGGUCUGCUAACAAGUACAAAGGUGCUGUUUCCAAGGUGGCACUGUCUCAAAAAACGGUUCAAGCUCUCUCUGAACUCGGCCCAACUGGACUUCUGGGGAAAAGCUCCAAGGUGAAAUGUCCCUCAUCACAAAGCUGUGGGUCGAGACUUCGGCCUUCAGAAAGCAGAGUCCGAGAGCGAUUUCUGUUAAAACUGAAGUUUAAAAAGACUAGCAGGAAAAAGUACGAGGUGGUGAAGUCCUUAUCUAGAUGUGCAGAGAGGUCAUCAAUGUUUGCCUGUUGGUUUUGUGGUCGACUCUUCAACAACCAAGAGGAGUGGAUAGGCCACGGCCAACGGCAUCUCAUGGAGGCAACCAGAGACUGGAAUAAGCCAUUUUAAAGCUGUCACACAGCCCCUGGAUGGUCCAAAAUACCAUCCUAUAGAGUGGCACAAAUGGAGAGGUUAAAGUUGUAUAUUUUUCAAAUGACUCAUCAGUAUACUUUAUUCUUACAGCAGUUUCUAUUCCCAUAAAUGCCCUAAUAGCUAUGUUUGAGUCACCGUUUUUGAGGCUGUUGAUGUGUGGUACAACCUGAAACCUUUUGGUAUGUAUAGAUAUUCUAAUACGAUUAUGUAAAUAUGACAAACUUGUUUGUACAGAUGGAAUUGAACUGUGAAAACUUGGCACACUGUAAUGGAGUAUAUUUGAGGGAGCAAUGUUGCAAGAUUUUUUUUAUUAUUCAGAAAUGUACCAAAUUCCUCAGGUGAUUUCAUAUUCUCUGAUUCAACUCCUCUGCUUUGUAACAUACAGUUGAAGUUGGAAGUUUAAAUACACUUAGGUUGGAGUCAUUAACUUGUUGUCAUUAACUUGUUUUCAACCACUCCCCACAUUUCUUGUAAACAAACUAUAGUUUUGGCAAGUUGGU